UGUUUCCUUAUCAAAUAAUAAAAAUUUACACCAACAAUACAUACUCAGAAAAAUUACAACGACUCAUAAAUUAUGAUUACAAUUCACCUACUAUAUAAGCUCGAUGAUUAGUUCAUUCUCCCAUUAUUGUCGUUUUUUUCGUUCUGAAGUCAAAGUGAUUUGGAAAUUCGUAUCAUCAUGAAUUCGCUGAAGGUAAUUUUGUCGUGCAGCUUGUUAUUAGCUUCUGCAUAUGGUUCGCCGACAUACGGGCGAGACGACCCUACAUCAGAAUGCAAUGUGACGUUUCCAGUACUGAGAAAUCUUCGUGAAGUAUUUGCUGACAGCAUGUUCUCCGGUAACAAUAAUAUCAUAGUUAGUCAACAGGAAAAAUGUCAUUUGAAUUGCCGCCUUCAGAAAACUGGUAUCUUUGACGAAAACAGUAAUGUACGAAACGGAUUAGAAUUAGUCGACGAGAUUAAUGAUGUACGAGUAGGAAGACAAGCAGCAUCGGCAAAAUACACCGAUAUACAGGUCCUUCAAAUGUACAAUAUCAUAGCAUCAACCAAAACGAUUGAAGAUAAAUGUCAAAAAGCUUACGAAUUUACAUACCGUUUCAUGGAGAGUUUUGCAUUGGUGGGAACAGCAAAAGUGUUGGAGGGAAUGCCCAGUUUAAAACUUAAAAUUUACAACGCCAUUGAAACUGGACAAGAAGUAGCCGGUGGUCUGAAGAAGAUGUUAACGGAAUACGAGCGAACCGCACAAACAAAACGUCUAGAAUAUUUAUUCUAGUAAGAUGAUUACAUUUAAACAAUGUAAUAUUUGAUAAAUUUUCUACGAGGUUUAACUUGUUAGACAUGCGAUAAAUACAUAUAAGUAGCUUGAAUGACGUUAAA